AUGAAAAAUGUCGAGGUGCGUGCACAAUUCUUUGAGAUAAAAUAUCGUGCUGAUAAGGUUACAAAUAUAAGCACUACACCGGUAGGUUCAUGCAUUCUGUUAGUUUUUUUCAUAGAAGUUAGCUGUAUAGCACAAUUGUUCAAGGUAUGUCUAUCCUUCUGGCAAGCUUCUGUUAAUGGCUUUUUACAGAUGUUCAUAGAAAUUGAAGAAACAGUCUGUUUUAUUGCUUCGUUUCUUUAUGGGAAGAUUCCAAGGAGCAGAGUUGAUUCAUUCGCAGAAGCCGUGGCGAACGGUCUCGUUGAUAGAAUCUACACACGAUCUGAACCACUGAAAUCAUACUCGCUGGUGGUGAACGUCGACGAAAAUAAGGACAAUUUGAUCGAGGAGGCUGCAACCUGCGCUUUUAUUUCACCUCAAGAGUUGAGCGAGCUUCUACCAGCAAACUUGCUGCUUGAACUUCGCGAAGGUUCCGUGCAUGCUGUAAACGCUGACACCGGUAACAUCAAGUGCAUCUAUCCACUUCCCGGCUGCUGCAACGAAGGUAGUCGUCGCAAUGGUCGUCGUCCUGCCAGCAGAGCAACCGAUUCUCGCCGUCGCCCCUGCUUCCGUGUUGAGUUUGCAUAUCCAAAGGGCAGUGAACGCGAUGAGAGAGCAGUUGCAAAGCCUAACUUUGAGGUGGAACGCAGCGAGCAAAUCUAUUCGGCGCAGGCGUUUGCAGCUACGCGAUUCGGUUCGACAAAACUAAAAACCUACCAAUCGUCGCAGUGCGGAGACAACGGCUACGGACAUCAUCCAUUCACCAUGCCAUCCGUUUAUGCAUAUUUGAGACUGCUCGUAUUUUUAAAUGCGAUCGCUUGCGCGACAAUGAUACAAGGAAAUGAAGAAGACACUAACACUCAGAAAACCGAAGAAUUCUCAGAUGAUGAAAAGAAGCAGCUGCUGGAAGAUGCUCACGGUGAUCGCUCAAGUAGUGGAUUCGUAGAUGAUGAUGAACUUAGCGACCCCGUCAACGAAAAAUCGGACACAUCCUGUUAA